UGUGCCGCCGGCUGCUACGCGCGGGGCCAAGGAGUCUCUGGCCGCAGGGGAGGUGCUGCCAACCACCCGGCCCCCAGCGGCGCAAGGCUCACGGCCUGAGUGAGCAGCCAGGCCUGGCGCCGCCGUUGCCAUAGUUACAGACGCAGCCCUGCGAGGGGGCGGGCUCGGGCCGCACGUCAUUCCCGGCGCGACGCUCCUCCGCGCUCCCGCCUCCUCCUGGUCGGAGACCCUCGGCCAGCCUAGCGGGCGCUCCACCUGCGCGCCGGCUCCCCGCUCCCCCUACACCGGUUCUGCGCCGGCGCGGUACGAGGGCGCGCGGGGGAGCUGCGAGGCGCAUGCGCGGUGCAGGGCCCGCCGCUCUGCUGCCGCCGCUGUUGCAGCCGCAGCCGUUGCCGCCUCCCUGCCGGCAAGUGUGUGAAGAAGAAGCUGAGCGUUGUCGCCGCCGCUAUGGGGAGAAAGUCAAGCAAAGCCAAGGAGAAGAAGCAGAAGCGGUUGGAGGAGCGAGCAGCCAUGGAUGCCGUUUGUGCCAAAGUGGACGCUGCCAACAGGCUUGGAGACCCUCUGGAGGCUUUCCCAGUGUUCAAGAAAUAUGAUAGAAACGGGUUGAAUGUCUCCAUUGAAUGUAAGCGAGUGUCUGGACUGGAGCCAGCCACCGUGGAUUGGGCCUUCGACCUGACCAAAACGAAUAUGCAAACCAUGUAUGAGCAGAGCGAGUGGGGCUGGAAGGACCGAGAGAAACGGGAGGAAAUGACAGAUGACCGAGCCUGGUACCUCAUCGCGUGGGAAAACAGCGCCGUCCCUGUUGCCUUUUCUCACUUCCGGUUUGACGUGGAGUGUGGGGAUGAAGUCCUGUACUGCUAUGAAGUGCAGUUGGAAAGCAAGGUGCGGCGGAAAGGCCUGGGGAAGUUCCUCAUACAGAUCCUGCAGCUCAUGGCCAACAGCACACAGAUGAAGAAGGUUAUGUUAACAGUAUUUAAACACAAUCAUGGUGCCUACCAGUUCUUCAGAGAAGCGUUGCAAUUUGAAAUUGAUGACUCUUCCCCCAGCAUGUCUGGUUGCUGUGGGGAGGAUUGCUCCUAUGAGAUCCUGAGCCGGAGGACCAAGUUUGGGGACAGCCAUCAGUCCCACGCGGGUGGGCACUGUGGUGGCUGCUGCCACUGAACUCUCAGAGCCACUUUCAAGUCACAGUGCUCUCUCCUAAGGCCUUUCCUCUUUCCUGGUCUCACUGUUCACCGGGUGUCCUCAGAGCUGUGGCCUCCCCAGCCCUGCACGUGCCAGGCUGCGCCCUGAGAGCACAGAACCCUGGGGAGAAGUAGUAUGAGCUGCUCCUCCUCUCCUAGGAGACCAGAGUGCUAGAAGGGAAUGAAAGGGAGAGGGAAGAGUAGGUGGGGCCGGGCAGUGAAGCUCAUCCUCCACAGUGGCUGCCUCCUCAUUUGGCUCCUGGGGCCUGCAGUGGAGGUUCUCGCACCUCUGCAGCCCCUAGAUUCCUGGCAACCCCCCUCCCCUGACACAUACAUACUUGGACAAAUGGAAUGUUUAUGUCCACCUUUAUGAAAGUUCUGGAGUCCUGGGUCUGGGGUUUGCUGAUCCCCAAAGAGGAACACACUGGGUGUAAGAUCUGGGUGUAGAGGGCGGCUUCAGAGAGGCUCACGCUUGCGCAGUUGGAAUUGCUGUUAACGGAGACUGGGAAGAUCUUUUGUGCCAAGAUGCAGGGAAAUGAAGAAAGCUCUUUCCAGCUGUUUUUAUGGAUUCAUGGAGUGGGCUCAUGUUGGGACCAGCUGACUCUGGGAGGAAGACUGCCUCUCCAUCGCUGUCAGAGAGCCUGAAAGGACCAGGAAUGAGGUGUUCUGUGGGACCCGCCAUGGGGAUGAUUGCUUCUCUAGGCUCCUGGAUGUUGCUGCAUUCUAAGCUUAACCUCCUGGUCUCAUGGCAGUGACUUGAGCUUUUGAUUCAUAGAAGAAAGCCAGAGGUUCUGCUUGUUCUUGUCUGCCAGCCCUCAUCGUUCUUUCUCCUCUGCCUCUCACCUCUACCCCAAAUACCUCUGUUCUUAGUCUCAAGGGGAGAAUAACAUCAGGGAGCCCCUCGUCUUCCCCAGAAGGACUUCUCGUUCCUCAUAUAGUCAACUCCAUUGAUUUUCCUAUCUUGGUGCUGAUAGCUCUCUAAGGGUAGGGCACCCCUCCCCACAGCCACCCUCCCUCUUCAGAGAGCCCCCAGCCAGCAGCAGGCCCCUCUGCCUGCACUCCUCAGGCUUGCCCCUCGCUGCCUCAGUGAGGCACUAGUGCCACUGCCGUGGCCCAGCCGGGCCAUAGCUCAGGCUGCAGCAGGAAUGCCUCUCAGUGGCCAACAGUUGCUUUUCUCUCUGGUGUCACCCUGUGGCAACAGGCUGGAGCAGGGGAAGGAGAAAGCCUUCCUCUUCUCUCAUAGGAUAGAAAGGCAGGCUCAGAACUAAUGCUCAUCCUGAUCUCUAGGCCUUGUUUCUCUUCCAGGGAAGAAAAGCCAAAUCCUUAUCAAGGAAAAAGCACCUAACAGCUCCCUUUGGAUAUCCCUGAGCUCUGCUGUGGGGAGUAUCAUAAAGGUUCUAGCCUUCGUGAAGUUGUUCUCGUGGAGGUCUGUUGGUCCCUCUGACCUCAGCAUCUGCUCACAUCGCACCCUCUGCCCAACUCUGGCAGUCUCUCCUGGCAGAUCUCCCCAGAGUGGUCCUUGCUUCUCACCUGGAUUCCUGCUUGUGCAGGAGCCUGUGUACAUAGGGCCUCCCUCACCCAGCCUGGCCCUCUGCUGAGCACUUUUCGCUGCUCUUGAUGGGCAGCAGUGGGACUGGGAACUCCUUAGAGAGGGCCUUGCAGCUUUACACUGGAAUAAGUCUGCCUCUGCCUCUGCCUCACCCUGCUGGCUCCUGGUGGGUUUCAUCCCAGGCAGAGUUGACAUUGCUAGAGGGGUUUGGUGGACUCCUAAGAAUCAUGAAACCACAGGAGCAUGUUUAGGAAGAGAUUUUUCUCUGGUCCCUGUCUCUGAAAGGACACAGAUGAUAAAUAUUUAUUGUCUUAGAUCAUGGAUUCCUGAUACCUCUCACUCAAGGGGACCAAAAGGGACCCCCCCGUGUUCAUCCCUUGUAAGGUGAGUUCAGUCUACAUUGUCUCUUUCCAGUCACUGGAUGCGUGGCACCAACUGGUCAACGGGUGCUUGGUGCCAUACCCUGCUCACCCCAGUCUCUGCAGGCCAUGUCCUGAAGGGUUCCUCAGGAGGUCGGGACUAGGGUGGGAGAGGCGCUAUCUGAGACCCGCAAUCACUCUUGUUGGUCUUGAGCCCAUUCAUUUCCAAAACAUCCAUCUUUCUCCACUUCCCCCAGGUCUUGGUUUUGAGAAACAGCAGGCAUGGCUGGGUGCGGUGGCUUACACCUGUAAUCCCAGCACUUUGGGAGGCUGAGGCAGGCGGGUCACCUGAGGUCAGGGGUUCAAGACCAGCCUGGUCAACAUGGCAAAAGCCCAUCUCUACUAAAAAAUACAAAAAUUAGCUGGGCAUGGUUGUGGCCUAUAAUCCCAGCUACUCGGGAGGCUGAGGCAGGAGACUCGCUUGAACCCAGGAGGUGGAGGUUGUGGUGAGCUGAGAUCACGCCAUUGCACUCCAGCCUAGGUGACAGAGUGAGACUCCAUCUCAAAAAAAAAAAAAAAGAGAAACAGCAGGCCUUUUGUACCAGGCUUUUUGUGUUUUGUUUGUUUGUUUGGAGCAUGUUAAGAUUUUUUUAAGAUUUUUAAAAUUUUAGUUAUAUCCACCCUAUUUCAGGUUAUUUUUGUUGGUGUCAAGUAUGUAUAGGACAUGUGAAUGGUUCUUUUUAAUUUUUUUUUUUAAGAGGAAAUUUGGAAGAUAAACUCCUUGAUAUAUAUAUAUAUAUAUAUAUUUCUUUAGCAGUUUGUUAUCACUGGAAUCAAAGGGAAAAAGUGAUCUCUUCUUGCAUUGGUUGUAUUUGUAUGUCACAAAUAAAAGACACUUUGUUCA